UGUCGCUUUAAGACGGUCACAUGACAACAGAGCCGAAGGAGGAAGCAGGAAGAAGGUUGAUCAGGAGGAAGAGACAGAGCACAUAAACAACGAAAGAACAGAAACUAUAAUCAGCCCACACAUUCAUCGCCAUGGCCGGCAUCAAAGCACUGGUUGGUUUGUCCUUUAGUGGUGCUAUUGGACUCACGUUUCUCCUGCUGGGCUGUGCACUGGAACAGUACGGGGUAUACUGGCCGCUGUUUGUACUGAUUUUCUACGUGUUGAGCCCCAUCCCAACCUUCAUAUCCAGACGCCUCAGUGACGACUCCGACUCCUCCAGCAAUGCAUGCAGAGAGCUGGCCUACUUCUUAACAACUGGCAUCGUUGUUUCCUCUUUCGGGCUCCCUGUUGUCUUAGCCCGCAAUAGCACAAUCCAGUGGGGUGCCUGCGGUCUGGUGAUGACAGGAAACGCUGUCAUCUUCCUCACCAUCCUCGGCUUUUUUGUCGUGUUUGGAGGCGGUGAUGACUUCAGCUGGGAGCAGUGGUAGAGUGCUGUUGGACAGUGGAAAGAAAGAAAGAAGGAAGGAUAGAUGGAUAGAUGGAUAGAUCAUUUGGUGGUUUAGGUGGAUAGCUGAAUGGAUUAACUGCAGGCUAAGGAGCAUAUGAGUCCUGCACUCAGUGGAGAUGAUGAUGAUCAGGCUGCAAAAUGUCAAAUGUCAAUGUUAUCAGGCUGACUUUUAUAUUGGGGGAUGUUAGAGACAACGUUAUGAACCCUAUUAAUGUGCCUUAUGUCUGGAACCAGGGAAAGACCGAUGCCUAUACCCUGCCUAUGCUUUAACACCAUCACUGUCCACCUUAACCCGUGUAUUUUAGCUUGUCUUGCCUUUGUUUCAACCUGCAAACCCCCCUGUUCAUUGCAGCUGCCUGCUAUUUUAUUACUCUUCAGUUAAUAUCAUAAAGGGAUCCUUACACUAAAAGAUAACCCUAUUUUAAAGCACACCAUAAAGCUCACUGCAUUGCCUGCCCUCACUAUUCAAGGGGGAUGUGGCUGUACUUAACUAUGGUUUGCUUAGCAUAAGCACUGUUUGCUGUUUAAGUGUAAAGGCACGGCAAGUUAUCUUAACCAAUGCUAUCUGACAACUAGUUGUAGGACUCGUAAUCAGGUAAAAAAUAUAUAUAUUUGUAUUUUGGAAAUGUGACUUUAAAGACUUGCAUUUUGGUUCGGUGCAAUCGUUUACGUUCUCACCAAAGAUCAUUUUAGACUGCACAAAUAGAGCAUGUUCACAACUGAACUGUAGGUGCAGUAACAUGUUCCUCAAAAGUCAUCAGAUGUCUUUGAGGAAGCAUUAAUUAGUGCACAUCAUACAUUUUAUGUUCAGUGAGUGUGUUGAACUGAUGUUCAUGUGAUAUUGCUGCAGGUUACAAAGAAAUUCAAACAUACAGCAGAUCAUGUUUUCAGUUUAUAAAUGAUUUUUUUCCAUGUUGAAUGGUAAAUAUUGUAUAUGAAUAUGUUUUGUUAGUCCAAGAGUAUGUGUUUCAUCCUUGGAGAGGAGAGGGCUUAACCUGCAAACUCUGUCCGAAUUGCAUGUGCAAAUUGUUCAUAGCAAAAGUCGCUGUUUGAGAUUUGACGCUUGUUGUUUUGUGUUUCAUCUUCAGGGGCCAUUGAAAUCUUCAAUUGUAAAUCGAUAUAACAUCCUCAUGUUCUGUUUCAUUGUCGUCUGUAGCCAUAAUCAGGAGGUUCCGAUUUUUUCUGAUUAUCUCAAUAUCUGAUAUGCAAUAUAAUACUGUCCUCUCAUAACUGACAUGUUCAAUUGGAAGUUUGUUUUCUCGUUCCCACAAUUUUAAAACACUAACAAUUCCUGAAAAGCUCUCAAAGGUAAUUUUAUUAGCUCCCGACUGCAUUUUGUUUUCUAACAUUGAUUAAACUCUCUGUGUAGUAAAACAAACGAAUAGGCUCUGUCUGUUUUACUGCUGA